AGCCCAUUUGGAAAAGGUAAGAGCACUUCCACAGCACGUGUGAUUGAGAGGGAGGGACUUCGUACAAAUAUCGAAGACCGCAUUAGGCGUCGCCGUGCAGCUGUCUACCGGCGCGCCAGUGCAGAUUACUGCUGUCCUCUUAACAACAUAUAUUUCUUUUUCCCCUUAGAGGGGUUGUGGUUUGCUGCGCAUUUGGAGCUGUGUAGGUUUUUAUGAUCCCCAACCACUAUUCUCUCUCUCUUCUAUUGUUUGUAUGUUUGUUUCUGCUAUACCUACGCACUCACGCGCUUAUUUUGCUCCCAUAACCUUCUCUUACUUCAUUCGGCUCCCUCUCAUUUAUUCAUUCCCCCCCCCCCCACUCGGCGCGGGCGCACGCUCGUUGCUCGCCGCCACCAGUUUAUCCGUAAUACAAGAAAGAAUCAUCAAAUUACACUACGCUUUUUUUUCUCUCCCCUGAUCAUUGACAACAGAGGCGGUGCGCGCUCUGCGUUCACAUCCAACCCACAUACGUUCGUGUAAUGUCCGGGUCAUCGUUAGCGCUGUCUCCUGUCACGGAGCAGCGCAUUCUCGCUGCGGCGGAGGUGCUGCGCGUUUCCCCCGACACUUUUCUGCGGCGCCUCCUCUCCCAGCACUACAACACCCUCGGCGGACUGCCGCUCGAUCUGCUGCGGUACGUCUUCACCUUCCUCGACUACUCCACCAUUUCGGGUCUCGUCGCACGGGUGUCGAGGUUCUGGCAGGACUGCGUGGUCGAGUCGCCGCAGAACGUUCUCUCCCGCCUGCGCCAAAUCCAUGGCAUUCACCUCCUCGACCCCGUGCACGGUUUGUUCUACUUCCCGCGUGCGCUAAAGCGCGUUGUCUUCGAUGCGAAGGGUGGCGGUGCCGGUGGGGCGGCGGGCCGACUUCGGUCUGGCGCGGAUCAGCGCCGCGCCAUGUCCACCACACCUGCCGCUCUGCACAGCAACUCGCAGGCAGUUCCGGCCUCGUCUUUCUUGACGGUGGACAUCCGCACACAGAACACCAAAACGCUGCCGUGGAGCUACGUGCAGAUGACGGUGCGACGCGCGAUUGAGCGGGAGCGGGCGCUGUUCGGGGCGGUGCGCACGCCUGGCCUUCAGCGCCCCGAGGACCCGGCCUGGACCCAAGCCGCGACGGUCACCUACGAUCGGCACCUCUACAUGUUUGGUGGGGAGACGUACGAAGGGGUGGUGUUGGACCGCGCGUACGAGUACGACCCCAUGGAGAAGCACUGGACGGUGUUGCCGGACCUGAACGAGAAGCGCGCUGCGGCGAGUGCGGUGGCUUUUCGUGGACGCAUUUUUGUCUUUGGCGGCUACAACGAAGAGGGGGAGGUGCUGGACACGUAUGAGGUGCUGGACGUGCCGACGCGGUCGUGGGCGUCGCGGCACUACCCGCCCUCCUGGUUGUAUACCACCUCCCCUCACGCACGCACGUCCACCACGGCGGCAGCUACUGCGACUACAACGUCCGCACCCAACACCGCUGCUUCCUUCCGCUCCAUCUCGAGCGUGGUGGCCGAAACAUCGGGCGCUGCGUCGGGGCAGUACCGGAUGCCGGAGAAAAUCUGUGGCACCGCGACGACGGUGUACGGCGACGUCAUCAUCUUCGCGGGUGGUCAUCAAAGCUGCAUCGCACCCGAUCAAACAGCUGUGAGCUACUCCGCCAUGAAUAGCGCCUCCACCACACCGAUGCACAGCGUGGGUGGCCCAUUUAGUGGUGGUGGUGGUGGUGGUGGUGCGGGGAACCGAAGCGUCACCGGCACGUCCUUGUCUGGGUUACCUGGCAUUGUCAAUGCGGGUGAUGAAGCCUCGGCGCAGUCUGCACACGGAAGAGACAGCAUUAUCUCUCAUCCCACGGAUAGCGGCAUUGUCAGAGAUGAUUUAUUGUCGGUGACGGCGAGUAUGCCUGCGCUGGCCGGUGUCGACAGCCUCACCUCUCCCCCCACCGCUGGUGCCAAUAAUAAUAAUAGUAUUAUCAACAGUGCUGCUGGUGGUGGUGGUAACACUAACACGAGUGCUGGUGCACGCACCAACUCCCCUCCUGGGCUGCCGCGCGUCAACUCCAUCGCCUUCGACGGCCCCGCCACGGCAGAGACGCUCGUGUGGGUUUUCUCGCCCAUCACCGGUCAGUGGUGGAUGGACGCCCCGCGACUGCCCUCGCCGCGCGCGUUCGGCGCACUGACGACGCUGGAGCUGCCGAUCGUCGGCUCUUGUUUGUGCUACUUUGGCGGGUGUGCCAAAGCAGACGCCCCGGAGACGGCGAUGUUUUACAUUCCGCUGGGCGAUGCGCAGGCCACGCGCCUGCACGACGCACGCCCCGAUGACGAGGACGCGGGUGAUGGCACGGAUGGUCCUGCACAUGCAGCGCUGAAAGAGAGCACGAACGACGACGACGACGGCGGAGGCCAAUCAUGUAUGACACAGUCACCCGACACGGCCAGCUUCCUUCAUGCCGCGCAGGACCGCUGGCGGUCGUCGCUGCGAGACGCACCGCCCCUCCCGUCGCCACAGCAGACAACAGAAAAGGGAGACGGUAAAGGAGAGGACGCCGCUGCUGCCGCAGAUGUAGCCAACGUCCCGCUGAUCACCGAGCCCUCGCGUGCGUCUGCCGUCGACAUGAUCACCCGCUGCUUCCGCGAUCUCGCAGAGCUGCCCUGGCAGCGGUACGUGCGGGUGCCCAUUGGUGGUGCCUUUACCUCGGUGGCCGUCAUUGGACACCCGCACGCCCGCACCGUCGUGCUCACGGGCUUCUACCCGAUGGCGAACAUCGGCUUUUGCAAGGUCGACUCCCUCCUACCGACGGAUGCCCUCGCACCGCUAUUGGGUGCGCUGUCACCGCCGCCGCCGCCGGGCGCUGUCCAGGCAGAAAAUGACGGAGCCGCGACACUGCAAAGCCCGCACACUCCGCCACUUGAACACGCUGAUCCCUCCCCCACCAGCCUGCGCGACGCCCCUCACAGGUCCCCUCCACCGCCACGACUGGACGUGUCCCUGCAGGACGAGGCUGCCGCAGCCGCAAACCACUCUCAGCAGGAGCGGGAGUGGAGUCAUCACCAACGGCAGGAGGUGCGCGAGAUGGUGCGCUCGGCCGCCCGCGCCGCGACGCUGCGGCACCCACGCAACCCGCAGAGGGCGGGCGAGGAGCGGAAGUGGAGCCUCGCACCGGUGCCGGAGGUGCGGGUGCGCAACCCGACGGGACCCGUGCUAACGCGUGUGUCGUGGAAGGUGCAGUCCCUCAACGCGAAGGUCAUCGUCGGCAUCGAGUAG